UGAUUCAAGGUAUGUUGGAGUUGGUGAUUCUGAAGAUAUACAACUAUUCUACUAUUUUAUUAAGUCAGAGUAAAAUCCAGAAUCAAACCCUCUUAUAGUUUGGUUCGUUGGAGGCCCUGGUUGCUCUGCUUUAUAUGCCAUAAGCUAUGAGUUUGGUGGCAAACUUUCUUUUCAUUGAUUCACCGGUGGGCACUGGAUUUUCCUACGCAAGAACUCCAGCAGAUAAACACUCAGAUGAUUUACGAGCAACUUAUCAUGCAUAUCAAUUCCUUCCGAAUUGGUUCGUCGAUCACCACGAAUUCUUAAACAAUCUAUUGUAUGUUGGUGGAGAGUCAUAUUUGGGCAGGACUGUUCCCAUCAUUACUCAAAACAUAGCAAUUCAUAAUGAAAUGCAAAAAAAAAACAUUUAUCAAUCUUAA